AAGGGAAGAAAGACGGACAGUAUGUUCUCUUUAAAAGUCUCAAUUUUCCAUCUUCUGCAGCAAUGGCGACUUCUGUGCAGCUGAGCUUCAGACCGUCCACCGGCUCACUUCUAUCGAAUCGCAGACCCAAGCAGUCGUCCAGAGGGGCGACUAUCCGUUGCUCUGCCACCGCUUCCCGUAGACGCUACAGCAUCACUCUUCUUCCCGGUGAUGGCAUCGGCCCUGAAGUCAUCUCCGUCGCCAAGAGCGUCCUCAAGCUCGCCGGUUCUCUCGAAGGGAUUGACUUUGGUUUUCAAGAGAUGCCUAUUGGCGGCGCGGCUUUGGAUUUGACUGGAGUCCCAUUACCUGAGGAGACCCUCUCAGUAGCAAAGCGGUCGGAUGCCGUUCUUCUUGGAGCAAUUGGAGGGUAUAAAUGGGAUAACAAUGAGAAACAUUUAAAGCCGGAAACUGGGUUGCUUCAGCUUCGGGAAGGUCUUAAGGUGUUUGCAAAUUUGCGACCGGCAUCAGUGCUGCCCCAGUUAGUGGAUGCUUCAACUUUGAAGAAAGAGGUUGCUGAAGGUGUUGAUCUAAUGGUUGUGAGGGAGCUUACUGGAGGAAUUUAUUUUGGAAAACCAAGGGGCUUUGGGAAGAAUGAAAAUGGUGAGGAGAUCGGUUUUAAUACUGAAGUCUAUGCUUCAUAUGAGAUUGAUCGCAUUGCUCGUGUUGCAUUUGAAACUGCUCGAAAGCGUCACAAGAGACUUUGCUCUGUUGAUAAAGCAAAUGUAUUAGAGGCAUCAAUGUUUUGGAGGAAAAGAGUUACCGCAAUAGCCUCAGAGUAUCCUGAUGUUGAGCUCACACACAUGUAUGUUGACAAUGCAGCAAUGCAGCUUGUUCGUAAUCCAAAACAGUUUGAUACCAUUGUAACAAACAACAUAUUUGGUGAUAUAUUGUCGGAUGAGGCUUCAAUGAUUACUGGAAGCAUUGGGAUGCUUGCAUCUGCUAGUCUUGGUGAAUCGGGACCUGGACUUUUUGAACCAAUACAUGGUUCUGCUCCUGAUAUUGCUGGGCAGGAUAAGGCAAACCCACUAGCUACCGUGCUUAGUACUGCUAUGCUUUUGAAGUAUGGCCUAGGGGAAGAAGCUGCUUCCAAAAGAAUAGAGAAUGCGGUGCUGGAUACUCUGUAUGAGGGGUUUCGAACUGGUGAUAUACAUUCCGAUGGAAAUAAAUUGGUGGGAUGCAAGGAAAUGGGCGAAGAAGUCCUGAAAUCAGUUGAUUCUCAGAUUCCGGCUGCUGUAUGAAUUUAAACCAGUACCCCAUUGUAGCGGGUCAAACUCAAUUCUAAUAUUUUGUGUAUUACAAGAGGAUGUCCAGAAUGACAAUACACGGGUGGUCAGCUGGGAGAUCCAUAAGCAUUUCAAGAGGAUGUCCAGAACGGGGUUGCACUGGUGCUCAGCUGGAAGAUUCAUAUGAUUUUAUCUAUCUAGUAUAAUUUUUGCAAGGUUUUGAAGAGUUCCUUUCAAUUUUGAGGCUCCCUUGAAUUGUUUGGGGAAUUUAUUGCCCUUCGAUUUGGUACUCGAAAGUGCUGUAUCCCUCACUAAUGUUUUGAAUUUUCAUCAUAAAGUUUGUGCUGCAAGGGCCGUUGUGAUAUGAAAACAAUUCCAUUGGGGAUGAAUGAAAGAUGAUGUUUCUGGGUGAA